GAUGCAAGAAGUCAGGAAGCAAGUUCUGCUUGUUUUGGAGGUUUGUUUCAGGAACAAACUCAUAACAGAGAGCCAGGAUACCACAAAACGAUCCUUUUAAGAAUGGAUGAUAAUGUCGGCGUGCAGAUGAAGGACUGGGAGAACACUAAGGAGGCGGUGGCAAACUUUCGACGACUGCUGCUUUGUUCCAAAUGCUCGAGUUUAAUGAAGGAACCUGUUUGUCUGGGAAUGUGUGAGCAUAUGCUCUGCAGGUCCUGUGCUGGCCUCCAGGCAGGAGAUGGCUGCGUGGUGUGUCAUAGUCCUGCGUGGGUGAAGGACAUCCAAAUCAACAGGCAACUCAGCAGCAUCGUACAGCUCUUCUGUGAUUUAGAGUCCCUGCUCAAUCCCGUAAAACAACCAGACUCCUCUGUGGGUGAGAUUCAAACACAGCCUGAGAGCUCCAUUUUUAAAAAUAAGAAAAACUUCAAGAUCUGGUUCAGUCCCCGUAGCCGUAAGGUACGCUGCACCAUGGAGAAGCCUUCAGACGCCACUGUAGCAGACAGCGGGACUCCUGGAAAAACAGCUGCAGCACAGCUAAGCACCCUUACUGCUCAACGGCAGGACCUGUCAGUUUUCAAUUUCACCUUGUCCUCCCAAGACUCCGGCUCUUCUUCUUCUUCUCAGAGAUGCCUCAGCGAAAACAGAAACAGGAAGAAGAGGUCAAAUAAGAAAAAUGACACCAGCAGGAGUGUGGUGGUGCAAGGAGCCAGCAGAUCCACACGUAAACAGACUAAGCAGAAUAUGAAGAAGAAGAUGCUUGAGGCUAUAAACCAGAAAUGGGGAAUUACGGAGCAGGUACAUGCCUCAUCUGAAAACGAGCAGCCCAGUGCUGACGGGGCAAGAAGGUCCAGUAAAAGGGUUUCUUUUCUAACCCCUCCUGUCACCUCUGAUGAGCCUCAGCCUGAAGUGGCAAAGGGGAGUGCUAAUGAACUCAGUCCUACCAGAAGCACAAGGAGAGAGAGUCUCUCAGGGGGCAGCAUCACUGUACUGAAUUACCAAACUCAGCCCGGACAAAGCAUGUCGAACAGUGGUGUUCAGGAUGACAAAGUGUCAGCAAGUGACCCCAACCCAAAAGACAGUCCCGAAAGACAGGGCACCUUAUCUCCAACAGAGCUUUCCUCAAAAAGAUCCAGAGUGGCGGAGAAAAACUGCACCUUGGAAAGCACUCCAAAAAGACCAAGGGCUUCUCCAGGCCGAAGGAGAAAAUCAGUGGGUCAGAUGUCUCCAGCUGUCCUUAAUCCUUUAUCUUUGACUAGCCCCCGGUGUGAUAAGAAUACCAAAACCUCUAGAGGAGAAGUGGGAAGCAGCCCCUCUGCCUUACACAUCAUGAUCAAUGAAAGCCACAGAAAAUCUCCCUGUUCUCCUGGUGCAUCUGGUGGACGGCCCAGCUCGGGAAGCCCUGCAGUUAUGAAGAGGAACCACAAGGGAGAGACCCCGCUGCAUCUGGCUGCAAUAAAGGGAGAUGUAGAAGCUGUCAAGGAACUGCUGGACCAGGGGGCUGACCCCAACCUGAAAGAUAACGCUGGGUGGACACCUCUGCAUGAAGCAUGUAACCUGGGUCACCUGGCAGUUGUGGAGGUGUUGAUCUCAAGAGGAGCCCUAUUGAACACGCCUGGCUAUGAAAACGACUCUCCACUCCACGAUGCUGUGAGGAAUGGACAUCCAGCCAUUGUGAAACUGCUUGUGCAGUUUGGUGCCUCGCAGAAUGUCCUCAAUCUGUAUGGAAAGCGCCCUGCAGAUUAUGCAGUGAGUCUGGAGAUGCUGGAGAUUUUCCAAGAAGCCUCAGAAGGAACCCAGUAUGCUAAUGCUCAUACAUCUCGUAGCCCUUCAGCCAGCCUAACUGUGGUGAACGAGUGUGUGAGGAGGGAUCAAAGCGUGAUGUUUUUGGCCACUAAGCUGUCACGGGCGGAGCAACAUAAGCUGGCCAAACUGGGACCGCUACUGGGAGGGAGGACGGCUGAUGCUUUUUCUGGCUCAGUGAGCCAUGUUGUGGUGCCAGAAGGACAAAUGCCCACCACCUACUCCACCCUCCUGGGUGUUCUUGCUGGCUGCUGGGUUGUCAGAUACAGCUGGGUGGAGGCAUGUCUGCAGGCAGGGCAAUGGAUGCCUGAAGCUGAGCAUGAAGCAGGAGAAGGCCCCCAGCGCAGUCGCAUCAACAGAUGUAGCUUGCUUCCGCCGCUCUUCGAUGGCUGUUUCUUCUUCCUGCUCGGCUCCUUUAAGGCUCCCGCCAAAGACGAGCUCACCAGGCUGAUCCGGGAGGGAGGAGGUCAGCUCCUGAGCCGGCAGCCGAAGCCAGACAGCGACGUGACACAAACCCUGAGCGCUGCAGCCUACCACGCCCUGCCGGGCUCUGACCAGGCCCUCUGCACCCAAUACGUCAUCUUUGACCCCCAGGGCCCUCACAAGCCUGCAGUGGUUAGACGAGGCAAGGUGUGGUCAGCUCCCUCCACCUGGAUCAUCAACUGCAUUGCAGCCUUCCGCCUCCUCCCAGUGGCAGACCCUCAAAUGUUGGUUUAAACCUUUUCUUUUUCCCUUACUAUAACAAAUAAUAUUUUUUUAGCAAUAUUUCACUUACCCUUAAACAUCGUCAUUCCUGUGGUGAUUAACUUGAAAGAAAUCACAUAUAGAAAAAUAAAGCAAUAAUUUACCUUCAUUUGAAUACUUUUUGCUUAAAAUGUAAAUUUAGAAUGACGAUCUUUACGUUUGUUAUCCAAGAUUGAUCCUACAUUACUACAAUUUUAUGUAUAAACCCAUAAUUAAAUGCUUCAGAGAGGCACAAAAUGUAGCAACAUGAUUAAAUGGACAGAAGCAACAGAAAAUAAAAUUCUGCUACACAAUUUUUUGUUUUUGGGAGGCUUUAAAAAAAAACAACAACUUUAUUGUAUGAGGUUGGAUGGGUGUACGUUACCUGACCUGUUAAAAUUAUUUAAAUUACACAAUAGGAGAAAUUAAAAAAAAGAGCAUUUUGUGAAAUUGUCUCUUACUUACAGUCCAGCGACAAGAGUUUACAAGUUAACACAAAAUCAUUUUAGGGGGUAACAAGUUGAAACAGUUAGGAGCCACAAGUAUAACCCAAAUGCAUAAUAAUCAAAAAGUGCUUAUUUGAAUUUAAAGCUAUAUCUAAUAUUUUGUAACAGUAAGGUGACUAGACAAGGUAUCUCGGCUAGUUGACGUGUCUGAUGACUUUAUGCCACACCGUUAUGCUGGGGUUUUUUUCCACUUCAUUGCAGUUUAAAGAACACCAUCCAUCUGGUGUCAGCCACUUGUCUAAGCAAGGGUCACAGUAGCUGCAGGCUGUGAGGCAUUUCAGAUGCCUCUUGCCUCACCGAUGUCCUUCAGCUCUUUCUGUGGAAGCUCAAAGCAUUUCCAGGCCAGACUGUGUGUGGUAUAUAAUCCCUCCAACAUGUUCUGGGUCUGCACUGGGGUCUUCAUUGAGUUUUACUUGCCUGGAAAACCUCCACAGGGAAGCAUCUGGGAAUAAUCCUAAUGAGAUGCCCCAAACCACUUUAACUGACUGACCUUUUAAUGUGAUGGAGCAGUACUUCUGCUCCAGACUUCUCGCCCUAUCUCAGAGGGUGAGCCCAGCUAGCCUGUAAAGGAAACUCAUGACCGUAGGUGAUGGUGGGAAAUUAGAUUGACUGAAAUUAGAUUGCAAUUUGCUCCCUCUUCACAACCCUCCAGUAUAAAAUCUGCUUCACUGCCAAUGCAAGAACCUUCUGUCUGUUGAUCAACUCGGUUUAAGAGCUUUCAUCUGUUGCACAAACUUCAUCUGGCAUUUUGUUUUGUGUCAUAUAUGUACCACGCUGAAAUCAUUUUUUUUGGAUGCUGCAACAUCUGAGUGGUUUUAGAGAAAAAUCACAUUACAUAAUAUGCAUGGAUUUACCAGGAAAAGAUAAUUAUCUAAUUGAAAAUGUCUGUUUGACACAAAAGCAGAUGGUGGGUCCUGAAAAGGAUUGAUGGAAAUUCAAUAUAAAGUGUAGAAUAGGAAAACAGAGCAAUUAAUUGUUCCGUCACAGUGCUGGCACCCGCUGUGAAGAAAAAGCAAAACUUUUGCAGGUAUUUGUGCUUUUAAAGGUCUUCUACUGGCUAUCUCCCAAGAUGCCAUUUUCAAUGGGAUUAGUCAGGGAUGCACCUAAUUGCUAUUGAUUGCUAUGUGCUGCAUAAAAUUGCUUCCCUUUUCUUGUCCAUGGUGGGAGGUGGGAGAAGGCAAUUAGCAGUGUGGACGAGAUAGAAGCCCAGGCUGACUUGUAAUGAAAUGGAAUGGAGGAAUGAACCUGUGAGUAAUGCCCUUGAACUCAGUGAGCAUUACGAAACCAUUAAGCACCAGUAUUCUUUCUCUCACACAACCAUGAGUCAGGAAGGUAUUGUACUUAUAUUUAUACUAAAAUGCUCUGUUUUUAGCCGCAUUACCUGAAGCUUUGCUGUGCCCUGGUUCAGUGAAUUGUAUGUUGUUUUUGUCACAUAGAACAUUUGGCUGAAUUCAAGGAGAUUUGUCGAGUUGGUUUCAAUUGAAUUUGCCCCUGCAAUUGAUGCAGAUGUCAAGAAAUGCUGUGCUUUUCAUGCUGCACAUUUUUGUGUUGUUAAUGUGUUUUCAUUCCAUCUCAAAGGAUCUGAUGUAAACAAAACGGAAUAAUUAAUAAUAAUAAAAAAAGAAGAAUUCCACACUGA